AUGUCGUCCACGUCCGGCAGCGCAGAGCAAGGGCCCGCGCCCUGGAAAAGUGCCUUCCAGUCGCACCUAUCCAAGCUCGACUCACCCGAAUUCGUCCUCUCCACGGUGCAAAAGGCACCCGAAGGCUCUCCCGUCCCAUACCUGCCCCGCGCGCGUUACUGCAUCUUCCGCGGUUUCUGGGCGGAGCUGCCUGAAAACAAGCACAAUAACGCGCCCAUGAACGAGCGUGUCUACGAGAGCGACCUGCCGACGUUCACGACGGACAUCCGCAUGCUCAAGGUACCCCAGAUCUUCGGCUCGAGCGCGGGCCACGCGAGCAGCGAGGAGCAGUGGCAGGGCAGCGGCGGAGGCGGCCCUGUCGAGGCCGUUUACUGGGUCCAGCCGACGAUGACGCAGUGGAGAAUCAAGGGUGACGCAUUUGUAAUUGGGCCGGAUGUCGAGGGGGACAGCGAGGAGAGCUCGGGUGUACGCACCGUUAAGAGCGAGGUCGGAAAGAGAAUGAGGGUUGUCAAGCCCGGAAAGGAAGCGGACUGGAGCUGGGCGAAGGAGGUCACCGGGCACUUUGGCAAUACUUCCCCUGCCCUGAGAGGCAGCUUCCGCGCCCCGCCGCCGGGGAGGCCGGUCACCGAGCCCUAUGACAAAGAGAAGUUGAAGCUGGGGGCCAAGGUCGAGGACUUGCAUGACCCGGUGGCACGCAAGCACUUCAGAGUGGUGGUGAUCAGGCCGCAAGAGGUAGAACAGACCGACAUAAGCGAUCCAGAGAAGGCUAGACGCUACUUGUAUACGUACCAAGAGGACACGGCCGAAUGGAAGAUGCAGGAGUUGUGGCCGUAG